GGCGGCAAAACACAUACUCGCCCACAAAAAUCAGAGCACAGACCCCUUCCAAUCUUCAAUUCAGGCUUUCUUGUCGCCUUGAUCAAUCUCUAUUCAAGAUUCUAAUUUGGAUCUGAACGUUGUGAAAUUCCUUUGCCCCCAAUUUUUAAUAGGUUAAAUUUGUCGAUUUUACAAGCGAUGGGAGCGGUGGGAGAUGAGCAUGCUGAGAUGGAAGAUAUCAGUGAUUCUGAGUUGUCUCAUCAUGUUCGUGAAGCCCUAAAAUCUGUCCUCUUGGGUGAUACUGAUGAUUAUGAUCAUAUCGUUGGGAAUAUGCAUAACAAUAAGCGCCUAGGCCCUGAUGAGGUGGCCAUGCUUGUGACGAUUUUGAGGGGCCUAUCUGGAGCAGUUUCCUAUAUUGAUGUUGUGCAUCACCGAAUACUUCUUUCUUCCAUAUGCAAUAUGAGCUUGUGGAACUACGGGCCGGAUGUGAUGGAUGCAUUGAUUGAACUAGUAGUAGCCUUGGCUACGUCGAAUGGAAAAUAUGUUGACUUGUGCUUGGAUAUGCUUGUAUGCAACUUUAUUCCACCUAUAAAUUUUCUCGAGAUAUUGAAGCAGCCACGUGGAUUAGCAAAAAAGGACCAAAUUCUUGGUCGUGUGCAUUCUGCACUGAAAGGAAUUGCUGAUCUUGUGCCCCUAGCACCAUCAAGACUGGAACAGAUCGUCAGGGAGAGGGUACCUAGUGCGCACUCCAAAGAUGCUCAAAUUGUUGUAUAUGUGGAGGCCAUGCUACUGUUGGAGGGUGGUGAUAUGGGAGAGCUCGUUGGUAACACUAUGAUUUUUGAAUUGAUGAAUAGGCUGAUAGACCUAGAUGUGGAGAUAGGAUGGGAUGAAAUUUUGCUGGAUGAUCCCAACAAAGGCAUCUUUGAGAUGGAGCUAGAAGAUAUGGCACGAUCUGUAAAUGAAACUGAGAUUGAUAUGGAGGAUGAGCCUGUUAGAGAAUACUCUGGUCGUAAAGUCCUUUGGGGGAACGUAGUUGCUCAGAAGUUGGAUACACUGAUGGUUCUUGCCUUUGACCACCUUGGAUCCUGUUUCAAAAGUGGCCGCUUGGUUAAGGUAUUUGAGACACUUCUCCAGUCAUUUCAGAGUACGGUUUUGAAUGCAUACAAGUCAAAAUUUGCCCAGUUUGUAAUGUUCUAUGCUUGUUCGCUUGACCCUGAAGAUUGUGGGACACAAUUUGUGAGCAGGCUUGUUGAAAUCUUUGGAAGCACAGUCUAUCCUCAAGAUUGGAGGAUGAGUGCUGUUUGUUAUCUUGCAAGUUACCUGGCUCGUGCUAAGUUCUUGUCGGCCUCAUAUGUGACAACUGUAUUGGAAAGCUUGGUGGGUUGGUGUUAUAACUAUUGUGAAAACCAGAUUGGUGGAAUUCAUCCAAAACAUCAUAGAGUUUUUUAUGCCGGAUGCCAGGCUAUUAUGUAUGUACUUUGCUUCCGUUUGAGAUCGAUUCUGGCCAUUCCUCCACUCAAAUCCCAGCUGGUCAAUAUGCCUUUAGAGCAAAUUCUGAAGCAUUCAUUAAACCCAUUGGAGGUGUGCUUACCAUCGAUCGUAGAUGAGUUCCUCCGUCAGGCCAAAGCAGCUCAUUUGUUUCGUGUAUCGGGGAAUUUUGCUUUCAAUGAUCUGCUUGAAUCAGAACUGUCCAGAGCUUUUGGUGGGUUUGAAAGGCUGGAUUUGUUCUUCCCUUUUGAUCCAUAUUUACUGAGGAAGUCUGACAGAUUUAUACGACCAAACUUCAUAUACUGGUCGAUGGUAAGAACUACUUAUGAUGAUGACGAUGAUGAUGAGAGCAUUAGUGACGAAAAUGAAGCAGAGGAUGGUGGCAGAGGACCCAUGAGCUUUGAAGACGAUGAAUUUGACAUGAAUUUGAAUAAAAUGUCUAUAACGCCCCGGAAUUCCUUCAUGUUUGGAAACGAACAACAUCGAAAAAUGCAGAUGCCCUCUAGAAUCAGACCCUCUACAAGCCCAGAGUCGUUGUGAUUGUAGCUAUGUUUUCUUUUUCUUGAGGAGGAAAUCACAUUAAUACCCUUGGAUCUAUUCCAAUUGGUCUUGCCCGAGGAGAUGAAAAAGAAUUAGGGCUUGUUGACAUCAAUGCAAGAUAUACUCAUUUGUGAUGAUAUUUGUAAUGUUGAUAGUUUUUAGUCGUAUUUUUGUUUAUGGUGUGAUGUGGAAAACGAAUGUUUGAAACACAGGGAUCUUAAAUUUUAGAUGUUUAGUUCAGAAUUUACAUUAGAAAGAAAGAACGCCGAUGGGAUAUUUAUUCAUUUUAAAUGUGUUUUAUUAGGUUUUUCUUGCU